CAAGGACGUGGAACAUUGGGCUACAAUACAGAUGCCCAACAACCGUUCUUUUAAGAAAGAACUACGUCGCGCUCUGAAGUUGAUGAAAUUUUAUUUCAAAGUCUCGAUCUCCUUUCGCUCCGACUGUCGUGGCGUGCGAAAUGGCCCAAGCGAGUCGCUCGAUCACCAGCGUAUUCGUCCGAUUUACCGCACGAAUUCAUCCGACGACAUCAUCAAACGCCGGAAACUCACUUUUCAACUCGCCAACACACGAUCACUACAAAGCCAAAGCAUGAACCAAGCAACACGCAUUACGAGUAACCAGCAGACCAGCGAGACCAAGACACGCUGUAGUCAAGAAGGGAUGGUGUCUCGUCCAAGCUUCGCAUCUCGUAUGCUCCGACUGGUCUUCAAGCGAAGACAACGCUCUGCUGACGAGCGAGCCAAGUCAUGGCCAGGAUGUGCGGAACCUGUUCCUGUGCCGACCAAGAGAAGCCAACCUAGCGCCACCAUCGCUAUCCCUCACAGUUUUGGAUCUUCAGCUCCAUCUACAGCGUACACAAGGCCUCAGCAUGCACGCAAGCAAUCGAUCGGCAGCAGCAGUGAAGCUUCGUGGCGACAACGUCAGGUUCGCUGCGCGAACUGCGAGCAGUUGUUUUUCAAGUCAAUGUCAAUAGUGAGCAGCACUACUGGCUACUUCUGCUCGCUGGACUGCAAGACCAACUUGGAGUAUUUAACUCUGCUCCAGGGCGUGGUUGACGCACAGGAUUUUGGGUUUGACGCGUCUAGUGCAGCCUGGACUCCGGUAGAACUCAGUUGUUCCGACAAGGGCCAAGACUGUAGCGGAUGGAGCUGAAACGCGAUAAUAAAGGAUAGUUUAGGGAAAACACUCCCUUGAGUUCAAAUAAUAAAAAAUAUCUGUUAUCUUUACUAAA